AAAAAAAAAACACACACACACAAGCUGAAAGUGACAAAUUGAGGUGUCAAUCGAUGCAAGAGGCCGACGAUGACCAGCACGUGGUGGCGUCCUUCUCGCUGCCGGCAUCGCCUGUACGCAGCCCCACGGGCUCUGACAACGUGUCUGCAUGGGUAGAAGACACUAGCGACGGGCAUCCCGUGCCGGGAGACGUCCCGGAGUUCCCCUUGGUGCUGUGGGAGAACAGCAACUCCAGUGACCAACACUCUGAGCUACCGCGCACUUCGUCCGCUAUUGUGCCGUUCCAGAAGCUUCAGUUGGACACGAACUUAAACCAGACGACACUACCGUAUCCGCGCUCUAGAGCGAGCUCUGUGAGCUCUCCACGCUCCUCAAAUGGGUCAGAAAGCCCCGGACACAGGAAGCCUCAGACGCCCACGCAGCAACUAGCCUCCGGCUUCCUGGGCAUGGAGACGGAGACCACAUCGCAGAUGUCGCAGGACUUUAUGAACGCUCUGAGACUCGGAGACUUGACACAGCAAGAAGAGCCGCAGCUGUCGGUCCGUCUUCGAGGCAGUAGAGUGGAGCUGGCCUCGGCCUCAGAGGAGCAGCAGGUGGACUUUCUAGGACCUGCAGAGAACAUCAAGAGACUAUUUAAACUGCCAUACUCGCAGUCCAGAGUGUCACUGGCAGUGCAUCGAGUCGGAAGCACUUUAGUCGUGGACGGAGAACUGGACGAGAACGAUUUACCUGAUGGCUUUGAAGAUCUGCCACAAGAUACACUGCAACUGGCCCAGCAGUCUGAGGAGACGACACAGAGGUUACUGUAUGAAAAAUUCAUCUAUGAAAGCACCGUGAAUCAACUACCGGCGUCUGAAACGGAGAAACUAGUGAAGAAAGAAGAGAUACUGGAACAAAGUGGAAAAAAUAAGGCGAAGAAGCAUAAAAAGUCGAAGAAGUCGAAGAAAGCGAAGCGGAAGUUGGUUUCGGAUGCCGGAACCGAGUCAAGGAGCGAUAAAGUGGAGUUGCUGCCGACAGCUGAGCAAGAUAAAGGAGAUAAAGUACCCACCACAGUGCCAUCGCCUUCGAUAACUGGGUUUAGCUCACCAUGGGCAAGUGAAUCUACAACUGAAGCAACCAAUCACCAUCCAGAUUCUACACCGUCGAGUGACCAGCGUAAGCCGACGCCUUCGUUUAUCCCGACCGAGACGAACUGGUUCACGUCAGCUCAGCAUUCACCAGCGUUUGGAGGAGACUCACAGACGUUCCAGCGCAUUUUGAAGUGGAAAUUCAAUGAUCUCAAAAUGAUUCUUGGCAGUCAAGUUCUCUUGUUCAGCAACCAGGAACACCCAGCUGUUUCCUUGAAGCUCCAUGAUGUAGACCAGGAGUUAUCUCUGUGCACUGUGCUGGAUUAUUAUCUCGACAACGUCAUCGCAAACAUCCCGGAACUGGCCAUCUGCAUGCAUUCCAAGGGACUGGUCCGCGGCUACAAACUUGUUGAGACGAGACAGAUCCCCUAUAUGUCUGGUACCGGUCGCCCACUGUUCGACGUCCAAGAUGUGAGUAUGAAUGCGUCCAUGCUGCUCAAAUUUCUUCAGGAAAACUGUUCAAGACCCAACGGCACGUACUGGCUGCAUCGAAAAGAAGGCGAGAGCUCUCUGCGGCUAUACGACGUUGAUGUGUUAUCACAAGGGGGUCAACUCAAGUGGAAGUACAUGAUGGCAAUGCUCUGCUAUCGAUUCGCAGCUAGAGCAUCGAGACUGGCGAACUCGCUGGCCGCAGGAACGCCGCAAUUGCAGCAACAACUUCAGCAACGCCAACGAGAAUUACUACGCACGUGCAUGAGUCUACUAGGUGAGAUUGCACAAAAAGGUGGAGCAGCUCACAGUUCUAUUUGCUCCUCUGUAAGCGAACAACUCGCAGAUACGUAUCUUCGAGAAUGCAGCCAGUGUCACUCGACCGAUUCAACGUCCGAAGACCGAGAAGCGGCUAUCGAAUCACUCGAGAAGGCAAAACAGUAUUUGCUAUCAAGUAUCAAGUUGUUUGAAGACUGUAUCCCUAAAGAUUCCGGCCCCGCUUUGACACACAGUGACGAUGGAAUGGAUGCCGAUAUCCUUGACGAACUAGAAGAUGGAGAGGGGGAAAUGGGUAGCUUUAUGGAUGAAGAGCUCAAUCGACUACAGUUAAAAUUCAGCUCUGCAUGUCUUGAACUGGGGCAGCUUUACGCUGGCAGUCGCAAGUGGACAGAUGCAGUGAAAUGUAUGGUUGAGGCCAGCCAAUUCCUAACGUUGAGCUGUAUUCCAGAGGGCGUUGAGUCGUUGGAUUUGUCGUCGCGGGACCAGGAUGCUAUGGUUGACGGUCUGUUGGCAAAGUUGGAUUUCGAUGGAGUUGGACGAGGCGGAUUCUCUCAAGACAAGGUACCGAUUUGCAUAUCUGGUGCGGAGCUGCGUUGCUCGUUGCUGGGUUUGGUUGGUGACAUGGCUGCUCAAAGACCUGUGGGUGUUUAUAGAGAGCUGUCAGCUCUCUACGAUAUUAUAUCGGGCGUUAAGCGGGAUGACCUUCCAGGUUUGUGUGGUCGAUCAAGUGAGUUCUUAAAGACCUUUGGAAAUGAGAACAAGACGAGUGUGGGUAGCGAGGAGGGUCUGAUGGUUUUGUCCUUCCUUGCUUACUUACGUGCGCUGUCACCACCAGUGCACUCCGAGCUGUAUUUGUACGUCCUUACUUACUGUGCCUACGCUUGUUGGCAUUGUAGCUUCUAACUGCGAUGUGAUUGUUGGCUUUAAUGUAGCAUGAUGAUGAAGAAGUUGGGAAAUGCGAGCAACGAACUUGGCAAGUAUUUCCUAGCUGCGAAGCGUGAUUACAAGGAAGCGUUCAGGUGGUUUGAACGUGGUUGCAAGAUCUUUAGCGAUAUUGAAGGUAUGUGUGGUACAGUGUCAUGGUCUGGUGCUUAUACUGACGAUGCCUGCUCGUCAGAUGGAGUCAAUGUGGCGCUGCUCCGAGCUAAUCUCGCCCAUCUUCACAAGAUUUUCGCUCAGGGCAAACCUGCAGACUCAAGAGAGGAACACUAUGGAACAGCUAUUCAACUCUGCACUGAUGCUUUGCGACUCUUAAAGCAAAGCAAAGCAGAUGUGGAUUUACACAACAAGGUGAAGGGUGAAUUGGCUCUUACCUAUCUGGUAUGGGCAGUGGAUGUGGCGAACAAUACGACGGCGAGUUCUCCAAAGACCAGAGAACAGGAAGCAUUGAAAGUGUUCAACAAGGCGCUAUCGUUAUACGCCGAGCUUGGCGACAAGAAGCAGGUAGCGUCCACUCAUUACCAGAUUGCCUCGUUCUAUAGCCGCAUGAUCUCCAGCACGGUGAGGGAGAGUUCAACUACUGAAAAUCCUGACGGACCUUCGUCAGCCUUAACAAGCCGCAUGGAGAUUGCCAGGCGACACUAUGAAAAGGCCUUACAUUACUUCGGCGCAGUCGAGGUUGGUAAAACUUUCGUACUUAUUCAUCAAGAGCUGGCGGAUCUACAUAUGCUCGGCGGACAUGUGGAAGCGAUUGAACAUGCGCUGUUGAUCCUAUUAAAUACCUAUGAGGCCUUCAGUCUCGCUGCAUCUAGGGAUUCGAAGCUGGAGAAGGAGGAAAUGACGUCGCUAGCCCGCGACAUUGUGGCGAAAGUUAAGGCUGUAUUGCAUCAACUUAUUCGAUUGAGUUCGGGUGGACGUACCAGUGGCAACGCUGCCAUCACGAAGAGCAAAAAGCUGGAAAUGUUCAAGAAAAUGUACAAAGAGGUGAUUUACUACGACGGAUAUAGUGCAGGAAGUAUUGUGCCGAUUUUGGGAACCCUGCGCGGAAUGUACGUAGUACAGUAUAGAGAGAUAAGAUUUUGAAUCAAUGGAUAGAGUGCCAAUGCCGUACAGCUUAACUACGAUAGGAACUAACAUUCUCACGGGGCCAUAAACCAAGUUUAUCUGUUGUUUUUCUUCGUGAGGAACGCUUUAAAUGCGUUCACAACUUGGUCGUCGCGCCAAGAGCUCAAUCUGUCUGGACUGUUUCGUAGCAUUUGUUUGAUACUCUUAGCUGUUUCUCCGCGCCUCG